AUCUACCGAACGGUUGAAUGGUGGCGGACCCCACAAAGCUCGACGAAUGCCAACUACCACGCGUCGAAUGUGUGACCGAUGCCAUCAUGUGUAUGUGUGUAUAUAUCGGCUCUCUUCCAAUGCAAUCCCAACCAAUUCAAUCGGUCAUGUCCUCUUGGAUUGCCUCCCAUCAACGGCUCAUCAUCGACAAGAAGAAGAGGAUCGGCGGUCACUCCUCACCACCGUCCAUCAAACGGCUCACUCGAUCCCACAAAACUCCAUUCCCUUUCCUCCCCAACUCCAUAAUACUUCGUACGAUCCUCGACCCGCCAAAAUCUUCCUCAAAUCCCACCACACCAACCCCUUUCUCUUUCCUUUACCCUUUCCCUUUCCCUUUCCAAGUCGUCCUCCCUUCUCUCAUCUUCUCUGCUGCCCUUCUCUCUCUUCGUCUCCUUCCCCAAGAUCUUCCUCUUCGCUGGCACCGCCUCCUCGUUUUCUCCGAAGAGGCCGAGUCUGCUGCGGCCAAAAUCCCCUCUCAUGUCUGGCAAGCAGUUGUGGCCUGCGAAGAUCGCCGCUUCUUCUCGCACUGUGGAAUUGAUCUUAUCGGGAUAUGGCGGGCUAUAUUGCUCUUUCCAGCUGGAGGUGGCGGCAGCACUAUCACUCAGCAGCUUGUGAAAAAUGUCUUCUUAAAGCAUGAACGUAAGUUUUCAAGAAAAAUUAUAGAGGUGGUGUUGGCAUUGAUAUUGGAGAUGAAGAUGUCAAAAUGGAAAAUUCUAUGUUCCUAUCUGAGUAAGAUAUAUUGGGGACAUGGGAUGUAUGGAAUUGAGUCGGCAUCUGCCUUUUAUUUUGGGAAGCACCCUUCCUUUCUCAGUUUGGCAGAAUCUGCAAUGUUGGCCGGGAUUAUACCUUCACCUGAGCGUCGAUCACCGCUAAGGGAACCAAGCAGAGGGAAGAUCGCCCAAGCUAGAGCAUUGAGGAGGAUGGUUGAAGCAGGCUUUCUUGAUAUUGAGACAGCACUGUUGGUCGUAAACCAACCUCUCCGUUUACGCUUUGAUGAGCCAGAACAUGCAAAUGGACCAUCAUGCAAUACAUGUUCUUUUGGAGAGGAAGCUGGGGAGUCCAAGAAAAAGACAGGCAAAACCACAGCUAUCAAAGAAGUUUGGAAUUGGGAGAAGGCAAGUGCUGUGUGGGAAGUUAGAGAAGAUAUGGAAAAAUGGGCAUUAAGGAUUCAGAAAAGAACCUCUGUGAUUAUGUCUAUUGGAAAAUCAAACUGAAUCUUUUGUUAGAUAUUGGUAAGAAAUGCCUUCCUUUCUCACGUGCUGGCUCAAAAUUUACUGAAAGGUACUUUCUUUUAAAAUAUGCAGUUAUUGAGGAAUUGUAUGAUUUUCAGACUGACAACCUAGUCUAUACAAGUGGGGAUCAAAUUCCUUGUGAUUGCUUUAGCAA